AUGAUUUUUAGUGUGUACCCCCGACGCAGCGGACAUGUUGCCACGCGGGUUUCUUCUGCCACGUUCUGCAAUGGAGCAACCAUCGGAUGCCACAUCGCCCUGGAUAGAGAGAUAUUUGACGCGGCGCACAUUCUUGCGCGUCAAGCGAUACCCCAUCUUUAUGGCAACGUUGUGCAUUGCGACCGCGCGGCCCUUACGCGGGAUUCCGCCCCGGAGCGUGUGCCCGCGAUGCGAUGGAACGAUUUAUAUUUAUUUAUCGCGGCGAUCGACCGAUGCGUGCGUUCCGCGGCCGCCGAUUUCGACUGCGACGCGUGUCCUCACGACGAUUGCGCCGAAUCCCCUGGAAGCGCUCUC